AAGGAGAAAGAUUUGCAAUCCAAAACAUGUGGAAUAAAUGAAGCGGUACAGUCGAAUGAACACGCUGAAACAGUGGAACAGAUAUAUUGGAAUAGUGAAAUUGAACUGUAACGACGAAACAACGGAACUGAAUCGGAAUGACGAUUAAACAAAACUAUAAUAUAGACGGAACUCUUAUGGACGGAAAUUUAAAUCGAAACGGCAAAGCAAUGAAACCAGACCGAAAGAUAUUCUUGUUAUAAUUAAAUUAUAUUUCCGCUAACAAUUUAAUAAGUAACAUGCUUCUAAUUUGAAGGUGAAAAGGACACACAUAAGUAGCAUGAAAAAAGAUUACUUUCCAAACAUCGCAUUGGAGUCUUAUUUCGCUUUUAUCUUUUCUUCAUUCGACAUUCUAUGUAGAAGUUCUGUGUCUGUUGAUCACGUUGGCGGUGUCUUUGCAUAACGCACUUGUAUAUUUUGGCAUGGUAUACAUCAAACGUGGUUGAUCAACGACCAAUGCUUAUUUCGCCAGGGUGCUUCGUAAUUGUUUUAUUAACCGUCCAGAGUCCGACUGAACAACAUGCGUCCAACGAUCGCUCCGCUUCUUUUGCUUUUCUGCUUCGCACUAUCCCCGACAUGUCGGGCCUUCGAAGUUAUCGACUGCGGCUCGAAGGUCGGGACGUUUACAUCUGUAACUUUAAGCGGAUGUGAUAUGACUAAACAAGCUUGCGAUUUAAUACGGGAUACAAAUGCAACAAUUGAAAUAGACUUUACAGUUGAUAAGGAAAUAACAAAUAUGUAUGCAAUUGUACAUGGAGUUAUAAUGGAUGUUCCCAUUGGUUUUCCGUUACCAAAUGCAAAUGCUUGUGAAUAUGCUCAUUCAGGAAUCACUUGUCCAGUAGCUAAGGGUACAGCAUGUCACUAUACAAACACAUUGCCAGUGCUAAAAUCUUAUCCUAAGCUCUCUCUUAUUGUAAGAUGGGAGCUAAGAGAUGAAAACAAUCAGGACAUAGUUUGUUUGCUGAUUCCGGCAAGAAUAAAAUAGGUAACAGUAAUUGAAUGUAUUGCAAUAUUGUGUUUCAGAAAACUAUGUAUUUUACAAAAGUUGUAUGAAAUAAAUACAAAACUUAGUGAUAAGAAA